AUGGCUGAGGAAGAAUACACAAUGGAGGGCCCUAGUGGUCACGGCUGCAAACCAGCUACUGACUCUUCUGAGAGUAUACCCUGUCCUACAAUGCCUAUCCCAUUGCAUAUGUAUAGUGCAAACGGCACAAUUAUGAUGACUGCUGUGGAUCUGCUUGCGUCCUGCCAACAGAUGCUGAUGGCUACGCAUCAGGAUUCUCCCAUCAACAACAGUGGUGCCCCUGUAAAUGACUCGAAGCAGGAGCACACAGCGCCUUCAGAUGUGACAGCCUUGGAAAAGGAGAAGUGGAUAGUCUGCAUGAAAGCCUUUUAUCAUAGUAUGUUGCAAUCCCUCCUUGAACCUGUUCAGACGACAGUUGAAAUAUUGGAACCUAACAAUAGUACGGCUCUUUAG